AUGGUCACUACAAGUGAUCAAGAGGAUGAAGACGAGCAAAGCAACCUCUCCCAACAGCCUGAAAACAACUCAACAGAGGAGGAGGAUAGAGAUCACCAAGAACCAGAAAUCUCACAACAAGAGUUGCUGAAGCUCUAUGCACCAUUUCCCCAACUGCUCAAUGGUGCUGUGGGGAAGAGAAUAUACUCAAGGUUCCUAGACUUGUUUGCAUCUCUGCAUGUGAACAUACCAUUCAUCAAGGCCAUACAACAAAUGCCUGCAUUCAUCAAGUACAUAAAGGAACUUCUUCCCAGGAAAAGCUCACUCAAAGGAGGCCAAACUAUAGUGUUAAACAAGGAAUGUAGUGCCCUUAUUCAACCUGAAUUGCCUGCAAAAAGAAGAGACCCAGGGAGUUUUCACAUCACUUGUGCCAUAGAGGAAACAAUGUUUGAUAAAGCACUCUGUGAUUUAGGGGCAAGCAUCAACUUACUGCCCCUAUCCCUGGCGAAGAGGCUGCAGAUCAAUGAGAUAAUGCCCACAGAUGUGGUCAUCAGACUGGCUGACAAUACUCAAAAGCAAGCAAUAGGAGUGGUGGAAAAUGUGUUACUAAAGGUUGGGAAAUACUUUCUCCCAACAGACUUUGUCAUCCUGGACAUGGAAGAGAAUCACACUCACCCAAUCAUAUUGGGAAGACCCUUCCUAGCUACGGCCAGAGCACUCAUAGAUGUGGAGAAAGGGGAGCUAAUAUUGAGGAUCCAUGAUGAACGACUCAGCUUUAAUGUCUUCAAACUCUCACAAGAAGUAGACCAAGAGCACAAGGAACCAUGUAAAGAUCAUGAUGAGAUGCUGAAGGAGAGGAAGCAAGCACUGAAGCACACCCAACCUAUCUGGAGACUCCUUUGGUUGAUAAACAAGGGAAACAGCAACUACCACAACUCAAGGAAAAGUUAG